CCCAGCGUUAGUCUGAGAGCACACCACUGUUUGUGGCUGUUUGGGCAAGAAGCAGAACUCGAGCAUUCCCCCAAAAACUUCACACAACUUUUGUCAGAGCACUUCUGACCAUUACACUCCACUCUUUUUCCCUCAUCUAUAAAACGGAGGGAUAUGUUGAAACAAGGAUAAAUUCAUGGAGAGAUUAAUGGGCCAAUGACACAUUCAAAUUGGACCUCCAAGAGGAGACUGUAGUAGGAUGCCUGUCCCCUGUGAGUCAGGUGAUUUGGCGCCCCCUGCCGUGUGAGCGAGGGAUACAACAACAAGGCUGGAGGGGCUGGGGACGAGACACCAUGGGAAACGCGCCAGAAGACGGCAUGAACAUGGUGAUUGUUGCCCACUACAACAACUCGGGCAAGUGGGAGCGAUCCCGCGGUGGGAACGCAUGCAAGACUGCCGUGCUGCUCCUCAUCUGCGUUCUCAUUGUCUUGGAGAACCUGACUGUCCUGCUGGCGCUGUGGAGGAACAAGCGCUUCCACAGCCGCAUGUACUUCCUCAUCGGCAACUUGGCGCUAUCUGACCUUCUCGCCGGCGUGGCCUACGUGGUGAACAUCUUCACCUCAGGGAGCCGGACCUAUUUUCUGACGCCAGCCCAGUGGUUGGCACGAGAGGGGAGUAUGUUCGUGGCCCUAAGCGCAUCCACUUUCAGCCUCUUAGCCAUUGGGAUUGAGCGGCACAUGACCAUGGUGCGACUGCGCCCGUGUGAGACGGCGAGCCGCGGCCGCCUCUUAGGCCUCCUGGCGGCUUGUUGGCUGGUGUCAGUGCUGCUCAGCGCCUUGCCCAGCCUGGGUUGGAACUGCUUGGACAACUUUGGCUCCUGCUCAACCGUGCUGCCGCUAUACGCCAAGAGCUACGUGGCAUUUUGCAUCAGCAUCUUCAGCGCCUUGCUGGUGGCCAUCAUCAUCCUCUACAUCCGGAUUUAUCGUCUGGUGACAUCAAGCGGGCGCAGGGUCAGCAGCAGGCCUUCGGAGUGUUCCCUGGCCCUGUUGAGGACCGUGGUGAUUGUUCUCGGGGUGUUCGUGGUGUGCUGGUCGCCCCUCUUCUUGCUCUUGCUCCUGGACGUGGGCUGCACUCCCGAUGGGUGCCCGGUUCUCUACGAGGUGGACUGGUUCAUCGCCUUGGCCGUGCUCAACUCGGCCCUCAACCCUCUCAUCUAUACGCUGUCCAGCAGGGAGAUGAGGGCCGCCUUCUUCCGCCUGCUCUGCUGCUGCCAGAGCGCCAUAGAGUCCACUGGGACACCCGCAGCGGGUAACCCCAACCUGGGGACCGCGGGGCCCACCGCAGAGAACAGCAAGAGCAGCAUGGGGGGCGGGGGAGGAAUGGGAAAGACCAACUUGAACAGAGGUGUGAACGUGGACGUGAAGCACGGGGAUCCCUCCGCCACCGCACUGCCUCACCCGGCAGGACCUGCCGAGCUACUGUCGGCAGUACUGGUGAAGGCGGGGGCCCUCAGCAAGUUCUGACAGGAAGCACCUUGAAAGAGGCCGCACGCACAAUGGCCAGAAUAUUAGCUACAUCUGCACCGUCUAAUACGGUGUUGUCGAUUUGGGGCACAUAUUUCACAAGACGAAAAACAAAAAUGUCACAAAAAGUAUACAGUAAUCCCCUCCAAAAAUGAUAAAAACAUCAAGUAAUUGAUGCCCUCAAUGGUUUAUCCAUUGCCGGUUUUAUUCAUUUAAAACAAAAAUAUACCACAGACUAUAACACACAAAAGACAAGAUCGAAAAAAGUCACUAAAUUGCACAUUUACCAAAUUCUACUAGCAACCAAGGCUAAAUUUAGCUAUUCCCGUACACACAAAACACACUUAAACACACUAUUUAGAGACUAAUUCAUAUUUAGACACGUCUUUAGCGCCAUCCUGUGGUAUAUUACAGCAUUACAAAACAAUAAAGGACGGCUUGGUCUUUGAACAGCUCGAUUACAAUAAGUAUUUUUUUAAAUCAAUUGGACUCGAUAUUAACAGUGUUAAAAUAUUCAUCUUACCCAACUUUCCAUAAAUUCAGUAUUGUUGCCUGCUAGCGUAAUGAAACGCGUGGAAAUUUCGGCACGAGAGCGGCAAUUGCUUCCGUUUCACAAGAUGUGUUAAGACCAGAGGUGGGUAGAGUAGCCAAACUUUUUUACUCAAGUAAGAGUAGCGUUACUUCAAAAUAAUAUUACUCAAGUAAAAGUAGUCAUCCAAAAAAUGUACUCAAGUAAAAAAAGUAUUCAGUGAAAAGAUACCUCAAGUAAUGAGUAACAAGGUUUUUUUUUCUUCUCAGCAUAAACUUAUCGAUAUGAACUGUUGUUAUAAUGAUACUGUACAAAAACCCAUUACAUAACAAUACUAAGCCAAAGAAAUACCAAAAACAAAAAAAAAACACUGAAUUCCGGAGGACAGGAAAAAAAGACAUAAAUAAAGCAUUAAUCGUCCAAAGAGCAUUACUGCCCUCUAGUGGAGAAAAUGGCUCCUAGCUUGAAUAGUGAAUACUGUACAGCAGGGGUCCCCAAACUACGGCCCGACUCCACAUUUGGUGUGGCCCCCUGAACAUUACCAGAGAGCAUUUUGACUUUUUUUUUUUUUUUCUCCAAUAGUGUUAUUUAUUUCCUGGCUUUUUUUCUGUGAAGAAACCAGAGAGGGUUAUUUGGUUAUUAUCUAGUUAAUUAAUCGUGUUAUUAUUAUUUAUUAUAUUAUAUUAUAUUAUGUACUUUUGUUCCGUGAAGAAUCCAGAAAGGGUUAUUUGAUUGUGGCUUUCUGAAAAACAAUCAUUUUUUACAUUUAGGCACUCCUGCAAUCGUCACACUUUUUCUGUUACAAACUAACCCCGGCCCCUCAUCAGAGAAGGGAAAAGUGGCCUUCACAGGAAAAAGUUUGGGGACCCCUGCUGUACAGUGAUCCCUUGCUACUUCGCGCUUCAAACUUCGCGCCCUCAGUCCAUCGUGGAUUUUUUUUCCAAUUAAAAAAAAAAAAACAUUCAGAUGAGCUGUCCCGAGCCGAUCGCAUAGUCUCACACUCAAUCCCUCCACUCUCUCUCCUUGCUCUUUGUUCAUCAGAGAUUGAACUGGAGUUGCUUAUUAAAGUAAACGAUGAUUGACAGACGGUUAAGCCUUUGAUCUUACCAGGGACUCGACCUUCAAAGGACCGCAUGCGUCAAUCAUCAUUUAACUUGUUAAAAUGUUGCUGUGGCAACUCAUUGUGUGAAAGUGAGCAGCUGCAGCGUGUUGGAGUGGAGACUCAAUGAAGCAUUUAAUAAAGACAAGUGUUUUUUUUUUGUUGUUGUUUUUUUUAAACUUUUUUUUUAAAUGGAUUAGGCCUCUACUUUUUUUGUUGUUUAAAAAUAAUUCUGUGGGACUGAAACGUUUAAAACUUAGCAUAAUUAUGACAUUUAAAGUGCUUAAAAACAUUUAUUAAAAUAUUUACAGUAUAUACUAGGGGUGUCAAACGAUUAAAAUUUUUAAUCGAGUUAAUUACAGCUUAAAAAUUAAUUAAUCAUAAUUUAAUCGCAAUUCAAACCAUCUAUAAAAUAUGCCAUAUUUUUCUGUAAAUUAUUGUUGGAAUGGAAAGAUAAGACACAAGAUGGAUAUAUUCAUUCAAUAUACGGUACAUAAGUACUGUAUUUCUUUAUUAUAAUGGUCAAUCAACAAGAUGGCAUUACCAUUAUUAACAUUCUGUUAAAAGCGAUCCAUGGAUAGAAAGACUUGUAGUUCUUAAAAGAUAAAUGAUAGUACAAGUUAUAGAAAUUUUAUAUUAAAACCCCUCUUCAUGUUUUCGUUUUAAUAAAAUUUGUAAAAUUUUCAAUCAAAAAAUAAACUAGUAGCCCGCCAUUGUUGAUGUCAAUAAUUACUCACACAAUGCUCAUGGGUGCUGAAGCCUUUAAAAUCAGUCUCACCCAAGCGCCAGCAGAGGGCGACAAAACUCCGAAAAACACAACAAGUACACCCUUCACUGUGCUGUCAUUUUGAUCAGUUUGAGCAGGGCAUUUGUGCGUUAAUUGCGUCAAAUAUUUUAACGGGAUUAAUUUUAAAAAAUAUUACCGCUCGUUAACGUGAUAAUUUUGACAGCCCUAAUAUAUACAUUAAAAACAUUUUAAAUUAUACUUUGGGGAAAAAGCUUUUAAAAAAUGUCUUAUAUGAUAGAUCUAAAUAAAUACAUUAGGGUGGGCUACUUCGCGGUUUUUCACUAAUCGCGGUGGGUUCUGGUCCCCAUCAACCGUGAAAAACGAGGGAUCACUGUACUUUCUUCAUAGUUAUAUGGGGCUCUGCCUUGCAAAAGCCCAGAUAAUUACAAUUACGGAAUUACAAGGAUAAUAUCUCCGGUUUUCCGUGGUCAAUCGGUGCCAAAUAAAAACUGGGAGGUUUUAAUCCGUGCUUUCGAGUCAGGUUGAGGGCGACGCUCUAUGUUCAAUACUUAAUUUUUUACGGUGCUUUAAAGACGCUACGUGAUUGAACAGGCUGGCGUGAUCAUAGAACGGCAAGGUUGCGUCUGAUUGGUGUAAUGGAGUCAUGUGAUUAUUGUCGCGACGUGUCAUUUGUGAAAUUGGUAGCGCUACUCUUGGCAUGGCAUAAUGAGGAAAAAUGUAACGACUUUUGUGUAGCCCAAAGUAGCGGAGUAAGAGUAGCGGUUUUUUCUUCACAAAUCUACUCAAGCAAAAAGUAUGGCUUAGUAAAACUACUCUUAGAAGUACAUUUUUCUCAAAAAGUAAAUGUAACGGAGUACAUGUAACACGUUACUACCCACCUCUGGUGAAGACUGAAUCUGCAGUGUGAACUUUCACACUUUUGGGGAAUAAUAUGUUCCCAUUUUACAUAAAUGUAGUAGUUACUUGCUUAAAGACACAAAAAUUAAAUGGACAGACAACACAAUACUGCAACUGUCCAGUUUAGCAAAGAGAGGGCAGCCACAUGCAAAACCCCUUUUUUCCACUUGUUUUAUGUGCCUAUGAAAAUGAAAGUAGGACCCAAUCUACAGGAGCAUGAAAUCAUAAAUAUUCAUUUCAAAGUUCAAAAAACAAAAAUAAUGAACUGUCUUAUCAAAAUAAUGAGAAUAUGAAAAGAAAAAUGAUGUUCUAAUGUGGUCACUGCAGGAUGCAGUCAAGGAUCACAAUGCACAAAAAAAGGGGGGCACUACUAUUACUACUAUGCGAAAAAAGUGUAAACUUAACUAACAUGUUUGUAUUAAAAGUUCAUAUUCAUGAGCUAAAAACAUUCAUAUGAGUGUUAGGGCUUUAAAUUUGUGUUGUGGCUGUUUUUUUUUUAAUACAUGUAGAACCUAUUUGGCACUUUUCUUUUGCAUGUGCUGUUUGAAACACCUGCACCCCCAACCCCAACUUGUCUAGUAUUUAUUUUCUGUGAAAACAUUUUUUGCCUGAUGUAUUCACCUAAGGUAGAUUUUGUGCUCUAUGUGCAUAAAAGCCGCCACGGUACAACGACUGUAUGAUGUAGGAUUAGAGAAACUAAAGGGAUGAAAGCAAUGUUUUUAUUUUUAAGAGGAGAAGACGGUUGCUGCUCUUGAAGCUUUACCACUACUGGUGCAAAAACCCAUUUGUCCUGUUGGUGGCGACAGAGCUCCAUCUCUUAAUAGUCACAUAAGUGUAGGCUUUGCCAGCUACUUUUUGACAAUGUGUUUCCUCAUCAGCAUAUCUAGAAACCACUCAGACAUCAACUAACCACUAGUAGUGAUGAGCAGUGUUAUAGAUGGAAAUGAUUUCAUAGUGGUAGUCUGAUUCUAUUAUAUAGUCAAUAAAAUUUUUAAAAAUCCCAUUUGGUGUUUGU